CGUAUGCUUGUAGUUUACCUGAUCGCUCCGCCCCGCCGCGCCAUUUUCUCAUCGGAGACAUACAUCAAUCCAAAAUAUUGUGCAUUUAAACGUUUAACUUGCUUUAUUUAAUUCCACAAACUUUUUAAGUAGGUAAAUGACCUGAAAAUGAGUGGCGUCGACGAGGGAGAUAACGAAAGACGGGGUUCUCAAGCCUCAUCUAAAUCGGAACAUGGAAGUUCAACUCGGGCCAAGUCAGGCUCCUCGAGUCCAUCCCCAGAAUCUAAUAAUUCUGAAUCCAGAUCGUGCUCUCCAUCAAAAUCGGGUUCUCGUUCUAGGCACGUUUCUGAUGGACUCGCCGGUCGUUCACGAUCUCCGUCUCAUCCCUGCCGACAGAGGUCUAGUUCUCAUUCCGACAGCCCCGACUUCCGCCGCAGGAAGAACCGUAGCACUUCCCCAAUGUCAAACCGCAGCCCUCAGGCUGGGCUCAGGAACCAUGAAACAAAAGAGGCAAACAGUCACGGCAGUAUCACUGAUAGGGCAAACCCUGAUCCAAGCAAAUGUUUGGGGGUAUUUGGCCUCAGCUUGGAAACCAGAGCGCGGGAACUGAGGGAAGUGUUUUCACAAUACGGGCCUCUUGCCGGGAUCAAGGUGGUGUUUCACCAUCGCUCGCGUCGCUCGCGUGGCUACGCCUUCGUUUAUUUUGAGAGACUUGAAGAUUCAAAGGAGGCAAUGGCGAAAGCCAAUGGUAUGGAGAUAGAUGGGAAGGUAAUUAGAGUAGAUUACUCCAUUACCAAGCGUGCCCACUCCCCCACACCUGGAAUCUACAUGGGUAAACCAACCAUAGAUGGCGAUGAGGAGGAGGAUGACGGCGGAGGUAGCCAAAGGGGAAGACGCUCAUAUUAUGACCGUAGCUAUGACCGAAGCUAUGAGCGAAGCUACGACAAAGGCUACGACCGUUCUCAUGACAGAGACUAUGAUAGAAACUAUGAUAGGAACUAUGACAAAAAACAUUACCGAAGCUACGAGCGAAGCUACGCUCGACGCGACGACCGAGGCUACGACCGAGGCUACGACCGAGGCUACGAACGAGGCUACGACCGAAGCGACGACCGAGGUUACAACCGAGGCUACGAACGAGGCUACGACCGAGGCUACGACCGAAGCUACAAUCGCAGCUACAAUCGAUGCGACAGCUACGAUGAGUACGACUACAGGAUUAGUCGCAGGCGCUCCCCAUCACCCGACUACAUUAGAUACAGAAAUUCCUCCUGGUCUCGCUCCUACAACCAAAGGCGCUACUGAAGUGCGACAGCCGAUUUCAACGAGCUUGUCUCAAUUGACAGCCUGCGUUGAGUUCAAAUCAGGUGUGUUUACAUGCAGGGGAGAUGUUUUUAUUUGUCAACGGCGGACACUCGGAUGAACUUUUCAAUAUAGUGUUUUUGUGUUGUUGCUAUUCUGACCUCAACUCUUCAGUGUUAGCCACUGAUGAUUGAGUCUCCUGGUAAGUACGACGUAAAGCUCUGUGUGAAGUGUGAAGCUCUCCUUUACACUCUUGUGAAGAAGUCAAUGAGGUCAUCAUCUGAGUUGAAUGAUUUUUUUUUUGUGUAAAUGGAAAUACAUACAUGUAACUCUGCAA